AUGAGGUCAUCGUCCAUGGUUCAGCUCAUAGCCAUUGUACUCCUCGCCGUGGCCAUCGCUCGUGGGCUCGCCGUCAGUGGCUCGUCUGUCAUCAACGCGACGUGUGCGCAGCUCCAACCCCUGUGGCCCUACAACUACUGCGUGGGCGCGCUCUCCGGCGACCCGGCAGCCACCGCUGCCACGGACGUCCGCGGGGUGGCGGCGGCCGCCGUCAACAUUACCACGACCAAGGCCGCGUCCACGCUGCGCGUCAUCUCCUACCUUGUCGGCGAGCUGAGCACCUGCCGCGAGUACUACGGUAAUAUGCUGCAGUCAUUGGCGGACGUCCGUGUCGAUUUGGACGCUGGCCGAUUCAGUGAUGCCUCGUUCGAGAUAUCGGCCAAUGCCUCCGCGCGGCCGAUGGACUGCGAUAUAUUUCUGUUUGAGGGGAACGCCCAUAAGGAUCCGAUUGCACAGGAGAACACGGAGAACAGCCUUCUGGCCGGCCUAGCAAGCGACAUCCUUCGUCUGCUGGAGAGUAAGCCUUCAAAUUAA